AUGGAUGCGGACGAUUCUGUUGGCGACUGGUCCGGCUCGGACGAGGGCGACAUCCAUGUUCGCAGAGACUCGAAUCUUGCCAGGCCAGUCCAGAGCCAGCUUCGCCCAGCGCGUUCACGACUCUCCUUCGUGCCGUUGAUUGACUUUGACCCAGACGAUGCUUACGACGAGAACCCGCCCUCCUACAUCCGAUAUAAAAGAUCGCUUUUCAAACCGAAUCUGACGUCGUGCUUGCGCCAGAGAAAUUUCUGGAAUCACACUCUCGGGCCGAAUCUGAAGAAUGAGGUCUCGAAGCUGGAUUCGACAAGAGCCUACAAGGCCCAGACGACCACGGUCACUAUAUCUGUCAACAAUCGGAACGAUCAAGAUCAUAUAAGGCGUUUUGAUGGGUUGGAUAUGAGCUGGCCCGUGGUUGAAAAGCAGCUGCGAUCUUGGAGCCAUCUUCUCCUUGAAAGAAAGAAGAUUCGGAUCAAAGUAGUAUUUGACUACGCGGAGACCGAUAGAUCUACUCGGAGUACGGGCGUCGGGCGAGGAGCCACAGCAUCGCAGCUGGCAGAAAGAUCUGUGCGACUCGACGCCGAGCAGGCAGGGUCUGGCGCACCAGACCCAUGGAGACAUGUUUCCGGGAUUUGUCGAUGCACCGUGGGCCCCUGCGACCGUGGUCCCUACUGCUGGCAAGACGCUGAGACCAAGAAGCACUCUAAGCUGAUGGGCCACUACUUGAGGCAGCUUGUGAAGCUUGUGCAGACGGGUGGUCGGUUCCAGUCGCAUAGUGACAUGCCACAGGACAUCCGGGAAGCGCUGUAUGCCGAGGAAUAAUAGCAGUCGAAUCGCAAGCGGAAACGAUGCGACCCGGAGCCUCAAUAAAUAACUCCACAGCCUCUGAUCAUCAACAACUAUAUUCCAGCUAAUGCUGAUGGAUCUUCGACAUCGUCCCGGCGCCUUUUAGAGCACCUUCAAACCCCUAGGUUGGAGCCACUUGAAAUUCCCGGAAUGUGGGAUGAUGCGGUCAAGGCGUACUGCGUAUGGCAUUGUGAGAAAACCAAUAGUGAGGAACUCAAGGGGCAAUUCAAGCUUGCUCGAGAUCUGACUCUGGAGGCUGGCUUUGACCUCGAGUUGGUCCAUUAAUCUGGGAAUCCUACGACCCUCACUGGCUCGGGAGUCUUAGAAGGGAUUGCUCGACAAUUCGCUCGGGACGUCAAGAAAUUUGUACAGCAGUACAUGCCGCUUUAGAUCAUUUAAAUUCCAAUUCAGUCUAUUCUGGCAUU